GCAAAGUUGAUGGACUUUGCAGUAGCAGUCUUCCAGUAAGCUAAUAAGAAAACUUUUUUGUUGGCUUCAAUGCACACAAAGAUAUGCAGGGAACUGAUUUGUGGUUGGGAUUUUUUUUUCCUUUAAAUUGCUGAGUUAAUCUCUCAUGCUCUUACAUUUACAUGGCUCUUGCUAUGCUGCUGAUGUAUUAAUUGCCUGAAGUUUUGCUCACAGAUGAGAAUAAACAGUGGUUUUUAUGUACAGUACAGUGAAGGAAUGAACAAAGUAAUUGUUCUGUAGGGCUUCAUUGAGCUGGCAUUGCUGGUGCGAGGAGCCAGAAAUUCAGAUGGUCACUUUCACUAUGCACAAGGAGAUGUUAAUGCACCUGAUCCUGCUGAGCCUGAUGAUUGGGAGCAGCCAGGGGUGCUACUGUGAACAUUACCCAUGGGGGUCGUGGUCUGCCUGUUCACAAACCUGCAAUUAUGGCACACAGACAAGGCACAGGCAAAUAAGAGUGGAUGAAUAUUAUAGGCAAAACUACUGUGACAAACUGUGCACAAAGAAGGAAUCUCGUGCAUGUAACCAGCAAACAUGUCCUAUCAACUGCCAACUUGGAGACUUCGGCCCUUGGUCAGAGUGUGAUCCAUGCAUUAAAAAACAAUUUCGUGUCCGGACACUCCUACGACCAUCCCAGUUUGGGGGUCAAGCCUGUACUGACCCGCUGGUGGAUUCCCGCCCGUGCUUCCCAACUAAGAUCUGCAACAUAGUGGAAGUUGAUUGCAGUAAUAAAUUUCAGUGUGAAAGUGGUCGCUGUAUAGCAAAAAAAUUGGAAUGUAAUGGAGAAAAUGACUGUGGAGAUAACUCUGAUGAAAGAAAUUGUGGGAGGAAAAGGAAUGUGUGUAACAGGAAGUAUGAGAGCAUCCCAGGUGUGCAGUUAAUGGGCAGUGGAUUUCACAUUCUGGCAGGAGAGAGCCGAGGGGAAGUCCUUGGCAAUGCAUUCAAUGGAGGACAAUGCACAACAGUGAAGCGCAAUGAGACAAGGAAAUCAUACCGUGUUCCUGCGAACCUGGAGGCUGUCAGCUUUCAGGUAACAGAUGAAGAAGAUGAUGUAACAUCAGAUUUCUACAAUGAUUUAACUCCCCUGAGUGACAAUGCUCAUGAAAGCAGUUCAUCCUCUCAUGGUGCUAAAAAAUCUUCUGGUAUCCCACUUCUUUUCUCAAAAAAGACAAGGGUUCAAGUCACAUCAUCUUCCUCCUUCAGGAAAGCCAUUCAAGCCUCAAAGGAAAAGAAUUCCAACUUUAUUAGAAUCCAUAAAGUCAUUGCUGUUGCAAACUUCACAAUGAAACAGUCAGAUCUGCAGCUCUCGGACAUCUUUCUAAAAGCACUUAACCACCUGCCCCUUGAGUACAACUAUGCUUUAUACAGCAGAAUAUUUGAUGACUUUGGCACUCAUUACUACACCUCUGGGAAGAUGGGUGGGUCCUAUGACAUUCUUUAUCAGUACAGCUCUGAGGAAUUAAAGAACUCAGGCCUGUCAGUGGAUGAAUCAAUGGAGUGUGUCCGAAUAGAAACAACAAGGCGUGUGCUCUUCAUAAAGAAAAAGAAAGUCAGUACCAGAUGCACCACGAACAGGAUGACUGUGAAACAUGAAGGUUCCAUUUUGCAGUCAGCUGAACGGUCCAUCUCCCUGGUAAAAGGUGGCAGGUCAGAGUAUGCAGCAGCUCUGGCCUGGGAGAAAAAGGGGGCUUUUCCAGGACACACAGUCUUCACAAACUGGCUGGAAUCAACAAAAGACAAUCCUGUGGUGAUUGACUUUGAGGUAAUGGCUUAUGGACUGGCUCUCUGCCAGGUGUCACCCAUCGUGGACCUGGUGAAGAACAUGCCGUGUGCUGUGACCAAGCGUCGCAACCUGCGGAGAGCCCUGAGAGAAUACAUGGGCAGGUUCGACCCUUGCCAGUGCGCCCCGUGCCCCAACAACGGCAGGCCUGUGCUUUCCGGGACAGAGUGCCUCUGCCUGUGCCAGGCUGGCACCUAUGGUGAAAACUGUGAGACACGAGCUCCAGGUUAUGAAUCAGUUGCUGUCGAUGGCCGCUGGGGUUGCUGGUCUGAAUGGAGUUCAUGUGACACUUCCUUCAAAACAAGAAGGACCCGGGAGUGUAAUAACCCCUCUCCAAUGAAUGGUGGGAAGCCCUGUGAAGGUGAACGGGAAGAAGAGGAGAACUGUAACAUCUCUGUGUUCAUGGACAGAGGUGCUCCUUGUAUAAAUGAUGAUGAAGCCCGAAGAGAAGAGGAUGUCUUGAUUGGUGAACCUGAGACUGGAUGUUCCAGGCCAGAAGCACCAGAAAAUGGCUUUAUCAGGAAUGAAAAGAACCAGUAUGCUGUGGGAGAAGAAGCUGAAAUUGUCUGUGUGAGUGGUCAUGUUCUCAGUGGCUAUCCAUUUCUUCGGUGUCUGCCAGAUCAAACCUGGAUGCAGCAGCCCGUUGAAUGUCAACCCUCAGUAUGCCUCAGGCCACCAGUGUCUGACAGUGCUGCCAUUUCCCCAUUUAAGCAACAGUACAACAUUGGUGAAACCGUGAAGCUGAGCUGCCCAGCUGGGUUUAUAAUAACUGGUCCAACACAGUAUACCUGUGGGAAAGACCUGUCCUGGACACCUCCUAUUUUGAGAUCUAUUACAUGUGAAAAAGAUAUGCAAACUAAAAUUAGAGGUGCUUGUAAUCCAGGAGAAAAGCAGGUUGGAUCUCAGUGUGUUUGUAUGUCUCCAGAAGAAGAUUGUGGACACUACUCAGAAGACAUCUGUGUGCUACAUGCUGUCUCUGAAAAGAAUGUGACCAAACCCAGUUGUCAGUAUUCAGCUGAAAUGUGCCUAGGAGAACAGUCAUUCCAUUUCUUGCAUAUUGGUCCUUGCCACGGUGAUUCCAACCUAAACUGGGCUCUUGAACGGGUAAAGCUCUCUACAAAUAGCUUCAGGAAAAUGCCCUGUGGCUAUGACACCUGCUAUGACUGGGAGAAUUGCCCAGAAACCCAAAGAAGCCUCAAGUUGCUCCCACUGUGGAAGUGCCUUAAUGCUGGAUUCUGUGCCAGCACCUCAGUGUUUUUCUCCUAAAAGCCUACAGAGGAGUACUAUUCGGUGAGGAAAAACGAGAGAGAAAGGAGAAAAAUACUCAAAUAAAAUGAGUUUUCAUUGUGGUGCUCAAGAUACUUAAAUUGGAUUUUCCUCCUCUCCAUCUCCACUCAAGAGCUCUUUCUCAUGAGCAUGCACAAACAUUUAAGAAAUGGAAGCUUUGUUCUUCUUGAGAACAAGUAGUUGAUAUCAACACAGAGGUAGAAGAUACCAUGUGAAAGCAGCGGAAUAGAGGAAAACACUGUUCAUAUCUUUUAAGAAAGGGAAAGUAGAAACUUAGUUUCCUGCCUUGGGAAUUUCUGGGAAAGAAUAUAGAGACAGAAUCUGAUUAGAUGAUAAAUGGGUAAUGAAAUAACUGGCAGAACUGAGCUUUAUCACAGGCCAACAGCAGGUAGCUUAGCAUUCAUAAACGGAGCUUUAAUGAAAUAGGAACUGACACAGUAUGGACCUUAUGACUUUGUUUCACAACAACAUUGUGUGCAAGAAUAAUUGGGACAGAAAGUUAACAUAAUAUCUUUUUGUUUAGAAGAAAGAUCAGGGAAGGCCAAUGGAUAAAAAUAGUUAAACACUUGAUUUUGCUUCUUUAUGGGUCACUGCAGCAAAACCUAAUAUUUAAAGCUACUUUCUUAUUUAUUGCUAAUACCCUACUAUCUCAUGUAUACAAUACAGGUUUUUUGUAACUAA